AUGGUAUUUCUCCGCUCAGCAUCACGCCUUGCGCGCCCUACCUCCUCCAUCAUCAGCGCACGCGCUGGACCCCGCCUCACAUCGUCUCUACGACAACCGAAUGCUUUCAGAACGCUAACCGCGUCUGCCUCACAACAGGGCAAAGUUCUUCUCGUCCUCUACGAUGGCGGCAUCCACGCUGAGCAGGAGCCAAAGAUGCUCGGUACCACAGAGAACGAACUAGGCAUCAGGAAGUGGAUCGAGGAUCAGGGCCACGAGCUCGUCACCACCUCGGACAAGGAGGGAGAGGGCUCUGAGUUCGACAAGCACCUUGUUGACGCAGAGGUCAUCAUUACCACGCCAUUCCACCCCGGUUACCUCACAAAAGAACGUCUUGCUAAGGCGAAGAACCUGAAGAUUGCCGUCACUGCCGGUAUUGGUUCCGACCACGUUGACCUUGAUGCCGCGAACAAGACCAACGGUGGUAUCACCGUCGCUGAGGUCACUGGCUCCAACGUUGUGUCCGUUGCCGAGCACGUCGUCAUGACCAUCCUCACUCUCGUCCGCAACUUCGUUCCCGCCCACGAGCAGAUCGCCAAGGGUGAAUGGAACGUUGCUGAGGUCGCCAAGAAUGAGUACGAUCUUGAGAACAAGGUCGUCGGUACUGUUGCCGUCGGCCGCAUCGGUGAGCGUGUACUUCGCCGCCUCAAGCCCUUCGAUUGCAAGGAGCUUUUGUACUUUGACUACCAGCCUCUGUCUGCCGAGAAGGAGAAGGAGAUUGGCUGCCGAAGGGUCGAGAACCUCGAGGAGAUGCUGGCACAGUGUGACGUUGUCACCAUCAACUGCCCGCUCCACGAGAAGACCCGUGGUCUGUUCAACAAGGACCUCCUCUCCAAGAUGAAGAAGGGCUCAUGGCUCAUCAACACCGCCCGUGGCGCCAUCGUCGUCAAGGAGGACGUUGCUGAUGCACUCAAGAGCGGCCACCUCCGUGGAUACGGAGGUGAUGUCUGGUUCCCUCAGCCCGCGCCCAAGGACCACCCGCUCCGCUACGCCCAGAACCCAUGGGGUGGAGGCAACGCUAUGGUCCCCCACAUGUCCGGUACGUCGAUUGACGCACAGCAACGAUACGCUGCCGGCACUAAGGCUAUUCUCGACUCAUACUUCUCGGGACGUCAUGAUUAUAAAGCGGAGGAUUUAAUAGUCUACAAUGGUGACUACGCCACCAAGUCUUACGGUCUGAGGAAGUAAGCGGUGGACAUGUCAUGAGCAUUUUUUUCUUGGCGGGUUUUUGAGAGUCGGAAUCGACUAGGUAUGAAAUAUUAUAUCAACAAACC